AUGGAAGAUCACGGCAACGAGACAAAGAAUGGCACCAACCCAUGGUGUCCUUACAUCCCGACUGAUGAUCGUCAGGUGUUUUUUGACUUCAUGGUACUCUACUGGGUCAUAUUUGUCCUGGCACUCCCUGGAAUAUGCUUUGCCCUGCACAGGCUCUCCUCCCAUGUCAACGCUGAUCAGGUUGCUCCUGUGUACGUUAGAAACCUGCUGGUUUCUGACAUCAUUCAAAUCUCCGCCAAUGCCAUUUGCACCACACUGAAGGUACAAAGAAUUGAAAACCAAUGUGAUAUAGUUAAAACGUUUUGGCACAUCUACAUGUUUGGUGUGCAAGCCAAUGUGUUCUACAUGAUGUACAUAGCAGCGGAGAGAUACAUCAUGAUCGCUCAUGCUUUCUGGUACGUAAACAUCCAGAACAUCAGGACGGCAACCAUCGUGUCAGUCACAAUCUGGACCUUCUCGGCUGUCAUUGCGACCAUUUCUCUUCAAUUUUCUUUGACAAGGUUUCUUGUGACACCAGUGCUUCUUCUCCCGUACCUUCCUGUACUCUUCUUCUUCGUGGGCUCGUGGCGAGUGCUCUCCAGAACCACAGUGCCCCCUGCUGACCAGCGGCGUGUCAUGGCGGUGUUGGCCCUGGUGCUGUGCAUGUACACAGUGCUGUUCCUACCUGCUGUUUGGGUGCUGAUCGUAGUGUAUGCAACAGGAAACACCACAUUCACACCAGCCAUGCACUCGGGGGAGAUCCUGGCAGCACUUAACCCGCUAUUUGACCUUCUGCUCUACGUCUUCAUGCGUCGUGAUGCUAAAGAGGUCUGCAAAGCCCUGAUGCCCUGCUGUCAGAGAAGCACAGCACAGAGUCCAGAGGGUCAAGUUUACACCAUACAGGAGGGAAGUACAUCACAGAGUACAGAGGGUCAAGUUAACACUAUACAACAGGGACGUUCAUCACAGAUUACAGAGGGUCAAGUUUACACCACACAACAGGAAAAAACAUCACAGAGUACAGAGGCUCACAUCUGA